CCCACAACCAACAAGGCGCUGGCCGCGCUUCCGGCGCAGCCCGGCGGCACCGCCCCGUCGCCGCUCCCGGCAUCCUCCGCGCGGGGCUGGGCCGGGCCCAGAGCUGCCAAAAUGGCCGACUUCGAGGACCGGGUGUCGGAUGAAGAGAAGGUGCGUAUAGCUGCAAAAUUCAUCACUCAUGCACCCCCUGGAGAAUUUAAUGAAGUAUUCAAUGAUGUCCGGUUAUUGCUCAACAAUGACAAUCUUCUCAGGGAAGGAGCAGCACAUGCAUUUGCACAGUAUAACAUGGACCAGUUCACUCCGGUGAAGAUAGAAGGGUAUGAUGAUCAGGUCUUAAUCACGGAACAUGGUGAUCUGGGCAAUGGCAGAUUUUUAGACCCGAGAAACAAACUUUCUUUUAAGUUUGAUCAUUUAAGGAAAGAAGCGAGUGACCCCCAGCCUGAGGACACAGAAUCAGCUUUAAAACAAUGGAGAGAUGCCUGCGACAGUGCAUUGAGAGCUUAUGUGAAAGAUCAUUACCCCAAUGGCUUCUGUACUGUUUAUGGUAAAUCUAUAGAUGGGCAGCAGACAAUUAUUGCCUGUAUUGAGAGCCACCAGUUCCAGCCCAAAAACUUCUGGAACGGUCGCUGGAGAUCAGAAUGGAAGUUUACCAUCACACCACCAACAGCUCAAGUGGCUGCAGUGCUCAAAAUCCAGGUGCAUUAUUAUGAAGAUGGCAAUGUUCAACUGGUUAGUCAUAAAGAUAUCCAGGACUCUGUACAGGUUUCAAGCGAUGUCCAGACGGCUAAGGAAUUUAUUAAGAUAAUAGAAAAUGCAGAAAACGAGUACCAGACAGCGAUCAGCGAGAACUACCAGACCAUGUCGGACACCACUUUCAAAGCCUUGCGCCGGCAGCUGCCCGUCACCCGCACCAAGAUCGACUGGAACAAAAUCCUCAGCUACAAGAUUGGAAAAGAAAUGCAGAAUGCUUAAUGCAGAAAUAAGGAGAUUUAUGAAAUGUUUGUGUGCAAAAAACAAAUGUGGUCCUCUGCCAAGUAGAUGGUUUCUAAACCAGUGCAGCAUUUUUCUAGGGCUUUCAAAGUUAACAGGUUUUCUAGCCUCAAAGAGAACUGUGGAACAAAUAGCGUUGUCUUUGUGUUUUGUGUUUCCUGCCGCAUAAACUUCCUAUUGUGACUGCAUUUACUGAUCGGUCGUUUUAAUUAAGCCAUGUUCAUGGUUCAGAAGUAUAGCUGUUUUCAAUCACUGAUUGUACUGGUUGGAAAACUUCCUAGCUGGAAAAGCCCUAUAAUAAAUAGAGCUGAGGGUGCAGAGCAUUCCCUUCACCCCUCUACAGCACUCCAGGUACUCCAGUAAGUCUGUCAGAUCUGCCAACAGCUCCGGGCGCUAUGCUGCAAGGUGUAAUAACUGCGAAAGACAGCAAGUCCUCGUGUAUCCUUGUUACUGACCUCCACAAAGCAAAAAGGCUGCAGGUUUAGAUUUUACUAUAUGAAGUGAGUUUACAAGAUUCUUUACAGAAAUCUCCACACAGCCAGCUCUUUCAGGGACAUAAUUUUUUUUUUUUUAAUCUGAAGAUUUGAGCCAUGUUCCCAAAAAGUGAACAUUUUUGCUCUUUCCCCCGCUCAUGUAUGUACGGUUAUCAGACAUCUGCAUUUUUGCAGAACUACAAGUUCCUGUGUUGAAUCACUGCUGAUCCACGUAGGCUGGAUGGUGAUUGAAAAUGCAAGUGUCUGCAGAAUAAUAGGUAUGUUGUGCUUUAAUGCUUUGUGGCAGGUUCAUGGAAUUUGUAUCACAGGUGUAUGGAUGGAUUGUGUACAAAAUAAAUAAACUUGCACCAAAGUGAGAGAAAAAUA